AAAAUUACACUGAGGAAGAUUGUUGGGAGAGCGGAGUUAGCUUUACUAGUCUCUUCUACAUAUGAUUUAGAUAAGGUAUAUGGUCAGCAGAAGAUAUGGAAAGUUGGUGAACAAUAACAGAUUUAUGUACGCAUUUUCACAAUACUCACUCAUAGCUCUGACUCUCUAGUCUUAAAUAUGUCAAUAGGCUCGUUUCAAAAUGUCAACUGCGCAAGGCACCGCCCAGUUUGUCCGUGGUGACACACCGUUGUCCUCAACAACAACUUUUCACGUGUGUGGACCUGUGGACUAGCAACACUGAAGGAAAUUGUGUUGUCUACCUUAGUGUAAAAAUGCGUACACAUAUGUGUUAUUAUUCACUGGCUUUCAAUAUCUUCUGCUGUCGUUUUACGUUUGAUAUGGACUGCACUAUGCGGUAGAGGAUUGUGUGUAGUAAGUUCUAGCUAGCUAUUUGUGUAGAUCUGGGAAUGGGAUAUAGUAUACACAUUAGUGUGAAAUGUUUCGUGAAAAAUAAGCAGAAUAUACUGUAACCUCUGUAAGGCGAAACAUUCCCUCUCUUUUUUCUGUUUGCUUCAGUAAAAGCGACGUUUGAACGUAGAUUUUUGGCCAAACGUUUCUUUAAUCACAGAAGCACCCAGAUGUUCUAUUGGAAAACGUUCAGGUAGGUCUCUGUGUCGUUCUGUUUGAUUCAAUUGUUGAAAGACCACUUAAAAAGGACGUUUUACAGUAAUUUGGGAAACUUUUUGCAAAUCGUUAAUUCACUCGUUUUGGUCGUCAUUAAAAUAGUCCGUAGUUGCCAAUUAGAAAAUGCAAGAGUAGUUUAAUAGAUUUUAAUGAUCAGACAUCCACACUGACAUGCAGGCCCUUCGGCAUUCGGAAACAGUUCUGCCAAACCUCCUUCCAGAAGUGUCCACCAGUCCCAGGAAUGGGUUCGUUUAGUCGUCUCUCUGCCCCCUCCCUGUCACUUGCUGCCCUAACCUUGGCCUUGUUAACACUUUUACACAUUAGCUACCUGUCUCACCCAAAGGUCUCACUGAUAAAAUACAACACACAACAGGACAAGACUCCAAUACACCUGAUACAAAAAAAUGGGUUACUGGAGGAUCCAGUGACAGAACAUUCCCAUGAGGAGGAUAUCUUGUACCUUCUGAGAGGUGGCUCUCAUUUAGCCCCCAGACCCAAAUGGCAGAGGGAAUCCCGUCACACAGCCAGCUCUCGUGGUCCCCGUAAAACAGAGUGUAGGAGGGUAGCCUUGGAGAGCCGCUUUGACUGUGGCCGGGACCGGGUUUUGAGCCAGACAGAGUGUGAAGAGAGAGGGUGCUGCUAUGCGCCCCUACCACAAGACCUCUCCGGAGGACCCCCCUGGUGCUUCUACCCCCCGUCCUACAGUGGGUACAGGAUGGGACCUCUCAAACCCAGCUCCAAAGGCCAGGCAGCGACCCUGAUCAGAUCCACUCCCUCCUAUCUUCCUCGGGACAUUGAUAAACUCAGACUGGAGGUCCUGGAGGAAACAGACGGCCGACUGCACUUCACACUAAAAGAUCCAUCGGCCCAGCGAUAUGAAGUUCCCCUAUCUGCUCCCCAGACCAAAGUUAACGCUGACACUGAGGACCGCCUUUAUGUCACUGAAUUCCAGCAUGACCCCUUUGGCUUCAUAGUGCGUCGCAAAUCCAAUGGUCGUGUUCUUCUGAACACCACAGUGGCCCCGCUGCUCUAUGCCGACCAGUACCUGCAGCUGUCCACCUCCCUGGCCUCCCCCCUGGUGUCGGGACUGGGGGAGCACUACACCCCUCUCACCCUGGACAUCAACUGGACCUCACUGGCCCUGUGGAACAGAGACAUGGCGCCCCAUGGCGAUGCCAACCUGUAUGGCUCCCAUCCGUUCUACCUGGUCCAGGAGCAGGAUGGACAGGCUCACGGGGUCUUCUUGCUCAACAGCAAUGCUAUCGAGGUGGUGCUGCAGCCCAGCCCUGCUCUGACCUGGGUGGCCCUGGGAGGAAUCCUGGACCUGUACGUCUUCCUUGGCCCUGACCCCCAGAGUGUUGUCACACAGUACCUCCAGGUCAUAGGGUUCCCUAUGAUGCCUCCUUAUUGGUCACUGGGGUUCCACCUAUGUCGCUGGGGCUAUCGGUCAACCAGCGAAACUCGUGAAGUGGUGCGACGCAUGAACGAUGCAAACAUCCCCUUGGAUGUACAGUGGAAUGACCUGGACUACGCAGACAAGCGCCGCGUGUUUACCUUUGACCCCCAACGCUUCGGGGACCUUCCGGACAUGGUGAAAGAGUUCCAUCAGAAGGGCAUGAAGUACAUCCUCAUCCUGGACCCUGGGAUCAGCAGCAGCAGUCCUCCUGGUACUUACCCACCCUUUGAUGAGGGGCAGCGGAGAGGGGUGUUCAUCAGAAACGCCACAGGACAGACGCUCAUAGGGGAGGUUUGGCCUGGUCCAACAGCGUUCCCCGACUUCACCAACACAGAGACACAGAGCUGGUGGGAGGACUGCAUCCGGGAGUUCCACUCCAAAGUACCCUUGGAUGGCCUUUGGAUUGAUAUGAAUGAACCUGCUAGUUUUGUUCCAGGCUCUGUGGAGGGCUGUCCUGACAGUGAUUUGGAGAGUCCCCAUUAUGUUCCACGGGUGGUUGGAAGUCAGCUGAAUGCUGGGACUCUCUGCAUGUCAGGCCAACAGAACGUGUCCACUCACUACAACCUGCAUAACCUCUAUGGGCUGACGGAGGCGUACAGCACCCACAGUGCCCUGGUGAAGGUGCGGGGCUCACGGCCCUUUGUCCUGUCCCGCUCCUCCUUCCCUGGCAUCGGACGUUUCUCCGCAGUCUGGACUGGAGAUGUGCGGAGCGACUGGGAUCAGCUCCGAUACUCCAUCCCAGCGGUGUUGCUGUUUGGCCUGUUUGGGACUCCGUUAGUGGGAGCAGAUGUGUGUGGGUUUGGAGGGGACACCACAGUGGAGCUGUGUGUACGCUGGACCCAGUUAGGAGCCUUUUACCCCUUCAUGAGGAACCACAACGACAAGCCCAACUCUCCCCAGGAGCCGUACGUGUUUGGGGAGGAGGCCCAGGCAGCCAUGCGGAGCGCAGUGAUGUUGCGUUACUCUCUCCUGCCAUUCCUGUACACACUCUUCCACCAGGCACACACCUCUGGAAAAACCGUGGCCAGGCCCCUCUUCCUCGAGUUCCCCUUGGACCUUAGCUGCCAGACUAUAGACAGACAGUUCCUGUGGGGGAGCUGUCUGCUCAUCAGUCCUGUGUUAGAGCAGGGGGCAGCGGAGCUGGCUGCCUACUUCCCCGCAGGGAUUUGGUACAGUCUGCACAACGGUGAGCCCUUCUACAGUAAGGGUCAGUACCAGCUCCUUCCAGCUCCCUUGGACACCAUCAACGUCCAUGUGAGAGAAGGACACAUCAUCCCACAGCAGGAGCCAGCCCUGACCACCUCAGCCUCUCGCAGUAACCCUUUCCUCCUGACAGUCGCGCUGUCUGCUGAAGGGUGUGCGUGGGGUGACCUUUUCUGGGAUGACGGGGACAGCCUGGACACUUUCCAGAGGGCAGACUACUCUUAUGUCAUCUUCAUUGCUGAACAGUCCCAGGUGGUGAGUGACCCCCUGCAUCAGAAUGGGGCGCUGGAUAGGCUUGUGCUGGGAGGGGUGCGUGUGUUUGGAGUGCCCUCUCCACCCCGAUACGUGUGGGCCAAUGGGGAGACAGUGAGGGAUUUCACCUAUCAGACAGCCACUAAGGUUCUAUCAGUGAAGAGUCUGGACCUGCCCAUGUCAAAGGUGUUCCAAGUCCAGUGGACCUUAUAGCCCAGUGGGCCUUAUG